AUGAAAACCAGAUACGAUCGGAGAUCGAAAACGAGCGGUUUCAAGGAAGGAUCUUUAGUGCACUUGUCAACAGCUUACUCGCACGCUACAAUAAGUCGCGUUGGAAAAGAGGUUGAAGAAGAUUUCUACGAAAGUCCAAUAUCACCAGACAUCUUGAUAGAACUGGCUGAAACUAUGGACAAUGAGGUUCUUACCGCUAUGAUAACUCCACUCAUGAAGGACUGGCCUAAUACUUACACAUUAACAAAAGCAGUCGCGGAAGAGCUCAUAAGAGUCCAGGGAAGAGGUCUGCCUAUCUGCAUUGUUCGACCAGCUGGUGUGGUAGCAUCGUACAGGGAACCAUGUCCCGGUUGGGUUGACGUCAGAAAUGUGUUUGGACCUAGUGGGCUAGUGCUCGGAGUUGGGUUAGGUGCUCUGCAUACUUUGCUGGUGAAAAAUAGUGUUAAUGUAGAUUUUGUACCAGUUGACAUUGUUAACAAUAUCAUCAUUGUGGCGGCUUACGAGACGCAAAAUAAAUACGCUUCGGGCAAACGUCAAAUAAAUAUUUAUGCUGCAACUAAAUCUAGAACUCCAGCUCCUUUCGGUGUAUUUAACGCAGCUCUGAGCAAUGAAGCGAGGAAUAUCGUUACGAGUAAAACUAUUUGGUACUGUUUCGGAAUUACGACGCCCUACAAGUUCAUUUAUCGAAUACUAACGUGGAUCUUGCAUUACAUUCCUGCUGUCAUGGUCGAUGGAAUCUGCAGGUUAUUUGGACAGAAACCAAGAUUACUACCAGUUUACAAAAAGGUGUCCUCACUAUCAUCGGUUCUCGAGUACUUCCUUAAAAAUGACUGGGUAUUUCAAGACACUAACACCCUCAGCAUGUACAACAGUUUGUCACAGACGGACAAAUUGAUUUACAAUUGUGACUUAGCAUCUGUAAAUGCACGUGAACUAUAUUAUAUAUGGGCCUAUGGCGUAGUAAGGUUCAUAAUUAAAGAUGAUUUCAAGCUAAGAAAGUACGCUCAAAGAAAGCAGACUGUUUUGAAAUACGUUCAUUAUCUAAUCUUACCUCUUUAUUUAUAUGCGUUGCUUAAAAUAGCAUUGAUGGUAGUAAAGAUUAUAUUACAUGUUACAAAAAUUGAUAGCUAUAUAUUUUAAAAUGUUCAAAAGAUGUACAUUGUGUUAGUAAAAUAAAACACAAACAAAUGUUCUUAAUGUUAAGUGGAGGCGGUUAUUUGUUUAAUAAAUUGUGUUUCCUGUGUGUUAUUUCA